AUGGCGCCAGGACUUGUCGAGCCCUCGUUGGCCACGGAACUGGGAUCUCUCAAGACUGCGUUCCCCGAUGGUCUCAAGACAUCUGGACAGCACCCGCCAGUCUACUCCAUCGUUCGACCGUACGAGUCUUUUCCUAGGGAGAUCACAGGUCCGACUGUGUGGAAGGCCGAAGAAUUUGUCAAUGACGCAGAGAAAUGGACCCAUACCUUCACCGCGGACGAGAUUGCCGAAGUCAGCGCUACUGCUGAGGCUUUCAUCGAGACAGGAAGACCGUUGACAGGAAUUGCGAAAGACCACUUCCCGCUCCCCAACCUCUCGGCGCGUUUGGAGGUGCUGCGCAAGGACCUCGUCGACGGUAAGGGAUUCUUUCUCUUUAAAGGCCUCCCGGUCCAGAAAUGGGGUCUGCAUAAAUCCGCGGUAGCCUACAUGGGCCUUGGAACUUAUCUAGGUUACUUUCUGAGCCAGAACGGCCGCGGCCAUGUCUUAGGCCAUGUUAAGGAUCUGGGUGAGGACCCGAGGAGGACCGACAAAGUGCGCAUCUACCGCACCAAUGAAAGACAAUACUUCCAUACCGACGCCGGAGACCUAGUAGGCUUGCUUUGCAUAGCCAAGUCUCUCGAGGGUGGCGAAUCUGAUAUCGUCAGUCAGCACCACGUUUGGAACACGCUGCAGCAGAGGCAUCCGGAUGUGGCACGCACCCUUGCAAGUCCCAUCUGGUACUUUGACCGCAAGGGCGAAGUAUCCCAGGGCGAGGAGCCUUAUUACCGGGGCAGUGUCAUCUAUCUCGAGAACGACACUCUGACCUCUUCGCCCCGCGUAUAUGGCCGUAUCGAUCCGAAUAAUGUCACCUCGCUGGCUAGGUUCAACUCAGGACCGGAUGCGCGGAUCCCUCCCCUAAGCGAGGAGCAGAAAAGGGCCAUUGAAGUAUUGGAAACGACUUGUAAAGAGCUUUCGCUGCAUAUGAUCUUGGACCCGGGCGAUAUCCAACUGUUGAGCAACACGCAUGUUUUUCAUGCAAGGACGGCCUAUAAGGACUACCCGCCCGGUUCAGUGGAUAAGGCGGGGCGGCCUAGGUUACGGAGGCAUCUGAUGAGACUCUGGCUUGGGGUACCCCUGAGCGAGGGGGGCUGGAAGGUGCCCUACGCCGAUGUUGAGCACAAAAGGAGAGGGGGGAUCCAAGUAGAUGACACGCCGCCUGUCUGUCCAUUGGAUGCUGAGUAG